AAACAGGUUCUGUCUUGAGGAUUUCUGGCUGGAGUUCUUGCUUCCUUUUGUCAGAUUAAAUGGAAAACGAAGGUCCAACUCCGCUUGAUCAAUUGGCGGCAUAUAAAAAGAUUGUCAGAAUUAAAGUACGUGUUUGUAGGAUAUGGAGACCAAAAUACCCAGGCAUGGGCGACAAAUAUACAGACUUGCACUGUAUAUUGGUUGAUGAAAAGCAACAAGCUAUCGAAGCAUCUUCUACUGAAAUGGACUGUGAAAUAAUAGUUCCAAAGAUUGAAGCAAGCACUUGCUAUGAGAUCAUGAAUUUCCGUACUAACUAUGCAAGGGCUCAGUAUAGAGUUGUUCCACAUGAGACCCAAAUCAUUUUCACUUCGAAGACGCUUUUUAAGAAGUUGGCAAGUGUCUUUCCGCCUAUUCCACGACACAGAUUUUUCUUGCAGGAUUAUAACAAAUUAUAUCCUCGGUUAAACAAAUGUGAUAUCUUGACAGAUGUUAUUGGCCACCUCAUUUCAGUCCAGCCUUUAGAACCAAUACAGAUCAAUCAGAGAAUUGAGCACAAAUGUGAUUUCGUUAUACAAAACAUCAAGUCAUUUCGUGUCCAUAAUAAAAUUAAAAAGCUUUUUGCCUCUCAAUUCCAUUUCAAUAGUCUAAUAGUCAUAUUCUUCUAUUAAAAAAUAGUUCCAAUAAUUUUAAAUACAAAGAUUUUCAUGACUUCAAAAUUUUUUUUAUCCUUUUUGGCUUUCGUUGUUUUACAGAAAUGAAGAAGCUAAGAUCACACUAUGGUCAGAUGUUGCACAUGCCUUUUCUGCUUUCUCAUUAGAACAACUACACCAA